AUGGAUGUGCUCGCACCCCAAGCUCAUAUACCCUUACGAGAACCUCUUCCCAAAUAUGACAUAGCAUUCCCUCCAAGUCCGGCAACCACGGUGAGAGAAGGCCAGUCUUACAGCGUCGACGGUGGAUCAGACUCUUCAGUCACCGGGGGCCUACUUGACGAGCCCAGCGCAGAAGGACCUCGCGGAUAUCCUCUACCCCCCAGAUCCAGAGUCAACAAGGUCCUGGCGGAAGAUCUCAAGACACCAGAUAACCAUGUUGUUCGAGACCCUCGGCUAAUACGCUUGACUGGUAUCCAUCCUUUCAACGUCGAGGCUCCGCUGAGCGAGUUGUACGACGAGGGAUUCAUUACGACCAAAGAUUUACAUUAUGUUCGAAACCACGGAGCUGUGCCCAAGUGUGAGGAUGAGGAUAUGUUCGACUGGGAAUUCACCGUCGAAGGCGAGGUCGAGAAUCCCAUUAAAAUAUCCGUCAGAGACCUAAUCUCCGACUACGAACAAAUCACAUACCCCGUCACCCUCGUCUGUGCCGGCAACCGCCGCAAGGAGCAAAACAUUGUCCGCAAAACAAAAGGAUUUUCCUGGGGCGCCGCUGGAUUGUCAACCGCCAUUUGGACCGGUGUCGCUAUUGGCGACCUCCUUGCACGGGCGAUGCCCAAGAGGGGAGCACGCUAUGUCUGCUUCGAAGGUGCCGACAAACUGCCUAACGGGUAUUACGGGACGAGUAUUAAGCUCAACUGGUGCAUGGAUCCCAACCGGGGUGUCACUGUAUGUUAUCGUAUGAACGGCGAAUUGCUCCCACCCGACCACGGCAAGCCCGUACGCAUUAUCAUUCCAGGUCAGAUUGGCGGCAGAAGCGUCAAGUGGCUCAAGAAGAUCAUUGUGACGAAAGAGCCCAGCAGCAAUUGGUAUCACAUUUAUGACAACCGUGUACUGCCGACCAUGGUCUCCCCCGAGGCCAGUGCAGACCUGCCCGACACUUGGAAAGACGAGCGAUAUGCUAUAUACGACCUCAAUACGAAUAGCGCCACCGCCUACCCCGCCCAUGACGAGGUCGUGCCAUUGAUCGAGGGACCCCAGUCGUACAAGGUCCGCGGUUAUGCGUACGGUGGUGGCGGUAGACGUAUCACAAGAGUCGAAAUCACACUCGACCGUGGCAAGACCUGGAUGCUUGCGAACCUCAACUACCCCGAAGACUCAUAUAGACUAGCACCCAAAGGCGAGACUCUCUACGGCGGCAGGGUAGACAUGGAUUGGAGAGAGACAUGCUUUUGUUGGUGUUUCUGGGAUUUGGACAUUCCCAUUGUCCAGCUCGCCGAAGCUGCAGAUGUCAUGGUACGCGCCAUGGACGAGAGCAUGAUGACGCAGCCAAGGGACAUGUACUGGAGCGUUUUGGGCAUGAUGAACAACCCUUGGUUCAGAGUCAUCAUUCACAAAGAGGGACACAACUUGCGUUUCGAGCAUCCGACUCAACCGGUCCUGGGUGGUGGCGGGUGGAUGGAACGUGUGAAGAAAGCUGGCGGUAAUCUUUCUAAUGGCUUCUGGGGCGAAAAGAUUGAAGGGGAGGAAGAAACCACCGCCGAGCAAGAACCCGCCAAGGAGAUCUCUAUGACCAAAGAAGGGGUAAAGCGAAGCAUUACCAUUGAUGAGCUUCGACAGCAUGGCGGCGAGACGGAGCCUUGGUUUGUAGUCAAUGGCGAGGUGUAUGACGGUACUCCUUUCCUGGAUGGCCACCCAGGGGGGGCCACGUCUAUCUUUAGUGCUGCCGGCCAAGACGUAUCGGAAGAGUUCUUGACCAUCCACAGCGAAAAUGCAAAGGCUAUGAUGCCCGACUACCAUAUAGGCACUUUGGACGAGGACGGUCGGAAAGCUCUCGCUUUGGGAGAGAUUGAGCAGGAGACUGAUCAGGGACCACGAGCCGUCUUCCUCCAGCCUAAGGUCUGGACCAAGGGCAUUUUGACGGAGAAGCGCAAAGUGUCACCCGACAGCAAGAUUUUCAGUUUCAAGCUCGAGCACCCAGACCAAGCCAUUGGCCUGCCAACUGGACAGCAUUUGAUGAUGAGGCUACGUGACCCAGUAACCCGCGAAGCCAUCAUCCGUGCAUAUACCCCUCUCUCGGAGAGCACAGAAAAGGGCAAGCUGGACGUGCUCAUCAAGGUUUACUAUGAUACGCCAGAGCGUAAGGGCGGCAAGAUGACACAGGCACUCGACGCCAUCCCCGUUGGCCACUGGGUCGACUUUAAGGGCCCUGUUGGGAAAUUCGAGUACCUUGGAAAAGGCUUCUGCUCCAUCUCCGGCAAGCAGCGCCGCGUCAAGCGCUUCGUCAUGAUCUGUGGUGGCUCGGGCAUCACACCGAUAUUCCAGGUCCUUAGGGCCGUCAUGAAGGAUCCCGAGGACCCAACAAGCUGCGUCGUCCUUGAUGGUAACCGGAAUGAGGAGGACAUCCUCUGCCGCCACGACCUGGACGGCGUAGCCAGCACCAACCCAGAGAGGUGCAGGCUGCUCUACACUCUAACCAAACCCACUGCUUCAUGGAAGGGGUUGACUGGCUUCUUGGACGCAACUAUCUUGGAAAGGGAGGUAGGCGCGUGCCGAAAUAAUGCCGGCGGGGAAGAGCUCGUCCUCAUCUGCGGCCCGGGACCGAUGGAGCAGAGUGUGCGCAACAUCCUGUUUGGGCUGGGCUGGAAGGAGGAAGACUUGUUGUUCUUCUAA